AUGGAUCCACCAAAUCAUCAUUCAAGGUCUUCAAAGUUAUUUUUUACUUCUUCUUUUUCAUCACCGUCAUCAAAUAUUGGUUCUUAUGGUAGUGAUUUUAAUGGCAGUGGAUAUGGUGAUAGUGGUUAUGCUAGUGGAGCUAGUAGUCAUGGAGCAAUUAUAAAUGGUAGCAUUAUUAACAGUGAUGCUAGUAAUAACAAUAAUAAUAUCAGUAGCAGUAUUACCGGAUAUAAUAUUAAUGGAAUAAAUGAUUCUGUUAAUAAUGUUGAUCAAGGUCUUUUUGACAACAGCAACAAUAAUAACAAUAUGAUAACUGUUCCAUCAGGAAAACGAGCAAUGACUAAUUUAAGAGAAAGUCGUUUGCCAACGAUAGUAUUAAUAGACAUAGAUCAUACAGAUGGUGUUAGUAGAGAUUUAUAUGCUAGAAGAGAAUCUUUUGUGGCAAUGAAAGACGGCAUUUCAUUACCAGAGUUUACUACUACAAAAGAUCCCUUAUACGGUUUGGAAUUGUUGAAAUACAUUAAUUCAGAAGUGUCAAAAGGAAACCUGGAACAAGCUAUUCCUAUUGUAUGUUCUUGGAAUGAUUCCCCAGAAUUAAUGUUAGAUUGUUUAAACAAAGGUGCUGCUGACUAUUUGAUAAAACCUAUUCGCCAAGAAGUUGCUAAAACUGUUUUCUUGAUGGAUUGGGUAGCAAUAAUGACCCAAGAAUUUCCAAAACCUUUAAUAAGAAGAAUUUCAAAUUUUGAAGAAAGACUUGAUGAUUUUUUUAUAAAAGAUAAAUGGUUAGCUGAAACAAUUAUUGAAUAUUAUACACCACCAGAAUUAGAUAUAAAUAUUGCAUAUAUACCAAGGUUGGAUUCUGCUUCCGAAUUGGAAAGAGUCAAUUACUUAAAGAAACAAUUAACUAAUUGGGAAUUUGAUGCUCAGAAAUUGAGUGAGGAGGAUUUGUUAAGAUGUGUUGUUAUUAUUUUUGAACAUGUUAUGGAUCUUGAUGACCUAAGACAAUUAAAUGUUCCGUCAGAACAAUUACAUCGAUUUUUAUUGGCAAUAAGACAAUCGUACUACGACAGUAAUCCAUAUCACAAUUUUACACAUGCAGUCGAUGUACUACAAGCAAUGUUUUUCUUCUUAUGUGAGAUGGGCUUGAUACCACUUUUUUUUUCUUCUACUAGUAGUGGUUAUAAAUAUACUGAUAGAUAUAGACGAAGAAGUAGUAGCAGCAGCAAAAGUAAAAAUGGUAGUAAAAGUAUGAAUGGUGGUGGAUGUCGUCCUAAUGAGUUAUUAAAAGACGCCGAUUCCUUUGCUUUGUUGUUGGCUUCUAUUGGGCAUGAUGUUGGACAUCCUGGUGUUAAUAAUUUUUUUUUGAUAAAUAGCCAAACUCCACUGGCACAUUUAUAUAAUGAUAAAUCAGUACUUGAAAGUUUUCAUGCAAUGACUUUAUUUACUUUAAUGCAGAAAUAUGGAUUCAAAGUAUAUGAAGGCGAAACUGAAUAUAAUUCAAAAUAUGCUGAAUUUCGUAAGGUUGUAGUAAACGCUAUACUGGCAACAGAUAUGGGGUUACAUAAUGAAUAUGUCGUGAAAAUAAGAGAUCAAAAAAAAAGACUCGGAUCUGGCAAUUUUGAUAUAAAAUCGGAACAAGAAAAAAAUAUAGUCGUAGGCGCGUUGAUUAAAUGUGCUGAUAUCAGUAAUGCAGCAAGACCAUAUCAUAUAGCAGCAGAAUGGUCAGAUGUACUGUUGAAAGAGUUUACAUGUCAGGGUAAUUUAGAAAAAAAAUUAGGGCUGCCUGUUAAUCCGAUAAAUAAUGGUCAAAUAUCACAAUCAGAUUCUCAAAUUUCUUUUAUUGAUAUAUUUGCUAUGCCAUUGUUUAAAUCUGUCAGCGAAUUAAUUCCAGAGUUGAAAUUUUGCGUAAAUAUUAUUAAUUCAAAUAGAAAAGUAUGGCAAGAUAAAAAAGAUGAUUUCGGUGAUAGUACUAAUACUACUAUUUCUAAUAGUAACGAUGAUGAUGAUGCACGAUCAAUUAAACAUAAUAGCACCGGUAAGGAUUCAGGGAUUAAUGUUGAUAGUCGACAAAAUUCACCAAUUGUUAGCGUACCAGCCGCAAGAAUACUGUUAUCACAUCAAUCAUCAUUAACAUAUCUAAGACCAAUUAACCCAAAUUUACUUGACGGUGGAUCGGAAGUUGAAUCACAAUAUUCCACAAAUGAAGCGCUUAGUACUGCGGAGGCAUCUGAUGCACCAUUAACUCAGCACAAUCAACAAUUACAAAAUGGUGAUGAUGACGGAAGUAUCGAUGGCGCAUCAUCCAAUCUUCCUAAUAAUAGUGGAAAUGAUGACUCUCGUAUUAUUAGUGGAACAAGCAGGCAAUUAAGCUAG